CAAAAAGUGCUCCCUACUUUGUCUGCUGAGAAGCAGAAAAAAGAUGUGGGAAAAAAAAAACCCUUGUGUAAGUGCCACCAGAAGAUAUGAAUGGCUAGCUGGGGGAGAAAGAGACACAGCUUGUUGACAGAGCGCUUGGGCUGUGUUCUUCACCCACAGCUGUUUAUUCAGAUAUCAUAGGCUCCUUCAUUUACAUACUAAAUUUUUCUAUAGCAGCAUGGUCGAGUCAGACAGCACAGGGCUCAUUUCAACUGUUACAUUUAAACCAAUAAGGUUAGGACAAGAGAAUAGCUGUGGUUUGCAUUACAAAAACAAAACAAAAAGCCCUGAGGCUGCAUGGGCAGACCUACAAGACUGAGCAAACAAAUAGGAGGGAUGAAGAUUCUGCUGUUUCUUUGUCUAAGGCUCUCAGAUAUUAUCUGCUGCUAUUCAGUGGAGGGAACAGCACAUUGCUCAAAGCUGUUACUACACAGAACAGUGGGAGCUGAUGGUUCAGAGUUUGGUGCUAGACACAAACUCCCCAGUGCCACUUCCGACUCUAAGUCUUCCUGUGAAAGUCCACUUGGUGGUUUUUCUUUCUGGAGAACUUACCUCCCCCCGCCCCACGCUUUUUCAGGCAGAGCCUGCAGCAGCAAUCACACAAGAUUUUACUCUUAGCUCGGGUUUGCCCUCCAGAGACGCUUCACUUCUGUUCUCGUGUUCGAGUGAGAGCUACUAAAAACCAGGGCAGUCGGCAGCAAGGCUCAGCGCUAUACUUUACACAGGAAUAAAGCUAUGUGAGGAAUGGUGGUUUAAGACAGAAAACGUGAAGGGAGCACAUUAAACUGGUGGAUACAGCAGAUCCAAUCACUGUGCAAAAAUCCCAAACCAGUUCAGAUGUUGCUGUUUUCUCAAGUUGCAGGUCUAUGGAAAUGCAGGAUCUAGCCAGCCCACAUAGCCGACUAAGUGGUAGUAGUGAAUCCCCCUCCGGCCCAAAACUUGAUAACUCUCAUAUAAAUAGUAAUUCCAUGACACCCAAUGGCACAGAAGGUGACAUGACUCUGCUCAACACUGCAGACUGGUUGCUAAGUACUAGUACACAGACCACUGCAGUUAAAACAGAACCAAUGAGCAGCAGUGAGAUUGCUACGACUACAGCAGACGGGUCUUUAGACAAUUUCUCAGGAUCCGCAAUUGGAAGCAGUGGCUUCAGCCCAAGACAAACUCAUCAGUUCUCCCCGCCACAGAUUUAUCCUUCCAACAGACCAUACCCACAUAUUCUCCCCACCCCUUCCUCACAAACUAUGGCUGCAUAUGGGCAGACGCAGUUUACGACAGGGAUGCAGCAAGCUACAGCUUAUGCCACAUACCCACAGCCAGGCCAGCCCUAUGGAAUUCCUUCCUAUGGUGCAUUGUGGGCAGGCAUCAAGACAGAAGGUGGAUUGUCACAAUCACAGUCACCUGGACAGACAGGAUUUCUUAGCUAUGGGACAAGCUUUAGCACUCCACAGCCAGGACAGGCACCAUAUAGCUACCAAAUGCAAGGGAGCAGCUUUACAACAUCAUCAGGAAUAUAUGCAGGAAAUAAUUCACUCACAAAUUCUACUGGAUUUAAUAGUUCACAGCAGGAAUAUCCAUCUUAUCCUAGUUUUGGCCAGGGUCAGUAUGCACAGUAUUAUAAUAGUUCACCAUACCCUUCACAUUAUAUGACAAGCAGCAACACCAGCCCAACACCACCUUCCACAAAUGCAACAUACCAGCUUCAAGAACCACCAUCUGGUGUCACCAGUCAAGCAGUUACAGAUCCUGCAGCAGAGUACAGCACAAUCCACAGUCCAUCAACACCCAUUAAAGAUUCUGAUUCAGAUAGAUUGCGUCGUAGUUCUGAUGGAAAGUCACGUGGGCGAGGCAGAAGAAACAAUAACCCUUCUCCGCUGCCUGACUCUGACCUAGAGAGGGUAUUCAUUUGGGAUUUGGAUGAGACGAUCAUCGUUUUCCAUUCCUUGCUUACAGGGUCCUAUGCUAACAGAUAUGGGCGGGAUCCACCUACUUCAGUUUCUCUUGGACUACGGAUGGAGGAGAUGAUUUUCAAUUUGGCAGACACACAUCUGUUCUUUAAUGACUUAGAAGAAUGUGACCAGGUUCAUAUAGAUGAUGUGUCUUCGGAUGACAAUGGCCAAGACUUAAGCACCUAUAACUUCGGAACAGACGGCUUUCCUGCAGCAGCCACCAGCGCUAAUUUAUGCCUAGCAACAGGUGUGCGUGGAGGAGUGGACUGGAUGAGAAAAUUGGCCUUCCGUUAUAGACGAGUAAAAGAAAUCUACAACACCUACAAAAAUAAUGUUGGAGGUCUUCUAGGUCCAGCAAAGAGAGAAGCGUGGUUGCAGCUUAGAGCAGAAAUUGAAGCUCUUACAGAUUCUUGGUUAACACUUGCACUGAAAGCACUCACACUUAUUCAUUCUAGGACAAACUGUGUGAAUAUUCUAGUAACAACUACUCAGCUUAUUCCAGCUCUGGCAAAAGUCUUGUUGUAUGGCUUAGGGGUUGUAUUUCCAAUAGAAAAUAUUUACAGUGCAACUAAAAUAGGAAAGGAAAGUUGCUUUGAGCGAAUAAUUCAAAGAUUUGGAAGAAAAGUAGUGUAUGUUGUUAUAGGUGAUGGCGUGGAAGAAGAACAAGGAGCAAAAAAGCAUGCCAUGCCAUUUUGGAGGAUCUCAAGCCACUCUGACCUUAUGGCCCUUCAUCAUGCCUUAGAACUGGAGUACUUGUAGCAGCUUAGCAGCACUUUGAAACCCCAAAACCUCCCUUGUGCCCAUGGACAGUAUGUCUGUGUCUUGUGUCAGCAUUGGACGACAGAAUUUUGUGAUUUCAACAUGUUGAUGUACAGCUGCAAUUGGUCUUAACCUUUGCCCUUUCAGUAAAUGGAGGAGCAUGCCUUUUUCUUCAGAACAGCUGUUGACUCUAGUAUUGUGAAUCCAAUGAAAACAAGCCAUGAGAAUGUUUUAACCGUGUGUUUUACCGCAUUUGAUUCAAAAAAAGGGUUCAUACCUGUGAAGAAAGGACCUGCAACUGCUUUGUAGUUUAUAGAAUCUUCAAUGUGACACACACAGCUUCUUCAACACCACAAACUUGAUUGCACAAUGAAGACUGAGUUUUUUUUCAAAAUACCAGUGGAGUAAUUUUCUUGUAAAGAAGGUUUCCUUUUUUGGUUUCUCAUACCCAGAGUACUCUGUACAUCUUUACUUAUUUAUGAACAGACUGUGUUUUGACAUCAUAUAACUGAGGAUAAAUAUGAUAGGAUUAAAGGCUAUUUAUAAGCCUUUGUCUCAUGAUACAGCAAACACUUUUGAUUUUAGCACAUUGCAAAGUAGUUUAAAGUAUGUCUAAUUUAAACAGAUAGGUACAUCACUGAGACAAUCGUGUACAGGAAGAAUUUUUUGUGUAAAUUUGUAAUAAUGGAUGAUUCUUUUACAUAUUGUUUAAGUAAAUGAUAUUGAAAGGUAGUAAUGCCUUGUUGGUGAAGUCUGAGGCAAUGUGUACACAACUAUUGUGCAGUGCCUUAUCAGAGUGUUGGGUAUAAAUAUGUAGAUAAUGGAUUUUUUAGAUAAAUUUGUCAAGACCAAAAGCAUGGAUGUCAAGUGUCAAUAAGGAAUUUGUUGUUCUUUUUCAGCUACUUUCUCUUUUUUUCUCCCCUUAGCUAUUCUGACUAUAAAAUGAUGUUUCCAUUUAUCCCCAUUAAACACAUACGCAGAGCUACAGAACUUAAUUGAAGAG